ACAGAUAUGGACUGUGGGCCCCAAUGCUAAUCAAUCUCACGCUGGGAUGUGCACCGGGUCCAGCUUCGCUUCAGGGUGAUAUCUCCAUCGUCGUCGACACUGUCUGUGUCUGUCCCUGUGGCUGUGGCUGUCUCUUCCCCGCUCCGAUCUGACUGCAGUUGGAAGUUUCGAACCAGUCGAAGGCCAAACGACGUGCUCAACCUCAACACCUCCCCAAAUUCUUCAUUCAAACCAAAUCAUCAAAUCAAACCUGGAAAAGGAAAGGGGAUCUGCCAAUAAAAAAGACUUGAAGCUUUCAUUCUUCUCCUCAUUUUUAAUUCGACAUUCCACACGUUAUCUCAAGAGUCUUUUUCGCACUCUCUCUCUCUCAUCACCUUCCUGUCAUCCUCACAUGUCCAUGAAACCUGUAAAGCUGCUGGGGCGCCACCAUUCUCUGCUGCAGAUCAGAGAGCUGGGAGAUAGAGUCUCGACCUGCUUCCGGAGGAGGAGGAGCACGAACCGGAGGAGAGCAAUGGGACUGCCGCCGAAGUUUCCGGGCGUGGACGAGGAGGUGCUGAAACUUCUGGAAGCGAAUAUGGAUCAGGCGCCUGAGAGGAGGCGCGCCCGCGAAGCCUUCAAGGAUAUUCAGCUCGGCAUCGACCAUAUUCUCUUCAAGACACCAUGUGACGGAUUGAAGAUGACAGAGGCAUAUGUAGUCAAUUCCAGAGGAUUGGAAAUUUUCACGAAAAGUUGGCUUCCAGAGUCCUCACGCCCCAAGGCUGUCAUCUGCUAUUGCCAUGGAUAUGGAGACACCUGUACUUUUUUCUUCGAAGGAAUUGCAAGGAAGUUGGCAUCAUCUGGUUAUGGUGUUUUUGCGAUGGAUUAUCCUGGAUUUGGACUUUCGGAAGGUCUUCAUUGCCACAUCCCCAGCCUUGACAGGAUCAUCGAUGAUGUCAUUGAGUAUUUCUCUGGAGUUAAAGGAAAUCCAGAGUAUCGUACACUCCCAAGCUUCCUCUUUGGGCAGUCAAUGGGUGGGGCUGUUGCUCUCAAGGUGCACUUAAAGCAACCUGAAAACUGGGAUGGAGCCAUUCUUGCGGCACCAAUGUGCAAAAUCGCAGAUGACAUGAUGCCACCAUGGAUUCUCACACAGAUGCUGAUUGGUGUAUCGAAAUUUCUUCCGAGGCAGAAGUUAGUUCCACAAGCUGAUUUAGCAGAAUCAGCAUUUAAGGAGCCAAAGAAGAGAGAGCAGGCCGCCUACAAUGUUAUAGCAUAUAAAGACAAGCCACGCUUGCAGACAGCUGUGGAGAUGCUGCGGACAACUCAAGAGUUAGAACGCCGACUAAAAGAGGUCUCUCUUCCAUUGCUGAUUUUGCAUGGAGAGGCUGAUAAGGUGACUGAUCCGUCAGUAAGCAAGGCCUUGUAUGAGAAAGCCCCCUCCUCGGACAAGAAGCUCAUCCUCUAUCCCGAUGCAUAUCACGCUCUUCUCGAGGGGGAACCUGACGAGACUAUUAUUCAAGUUUUUAAUGAUAUAAUCGCCUGGAUCGAAGAACACAUCUUGAAAGCGCAGACUCAACAGAGAUCCGAAUCCUAAUUAGUAUUAUUAUUAUUAUUAUUUAAACUUUGUACAAAAUCAAGAACGCAUGUUUAUUUUUUCUGAAUGGAGUUUAAGAGCCAUCAAUCAAAGAAAUAGUAUAUUGUAUUCGUUUACAACUUCACUUAGAUUAAGUGCUGAAAUUUUAAGUACUGGAAUACGUACGUAAUCCAAUCUUGUUGAUUGUAGUGAA